CCAGAUGUACAAAUUACAGAAACAGAACUUGAUGAAUUUCAAUGAUUUGUGCUGAUAUACGCAUAUACAAAAGCCGAUGGAAGAUACAGCCGUUCUAGUCAUGACAUAGACUUUGAUGAUGAUAUGCAAGGACUGAUUAUGGGUUUGUUUCUUGCUCUAGUUAAGAACCCCUAAGGAAAAGUCGCCAAUAUCAUCAGCAUUUAAAACGUCCUGGAACUUGUAUCAUUACCCCAGCAGCUACUGAGCAUUCAAAAAUGAAUUGGACAGGAGCCAUGGACCAAUAUUUUGUUGACCUUAUGCUGGUACAAAUUAGAAAGGGCAACAAAACCAAUAACAUUUUUAUCAAACAAGCAUGGAAAGAUAUGCUCACUUCAUUCAACUCUAAAUUUUGUUCGCAAUAUGGUAAAAGCUUUCUAAAACGCCGUUAUAGAAAACUGUGGAAGUACUAUAUGGAUAUCCGGAGUCUUCUUGAACAAAAAGGAUUUUCUUGGGAUGACAAACGGCAAAUUAUAGUGGCUGAUGAUGUUGUCUGGGACAAAUAUAUAAAGGUGAACCCAGAUGCUCGCUCAUACAAAAAUAGGACAUUGCUGAACUAUCAAGAUUUGAAUUUGAUAUAUGGAAAUUCGAGCAACAAUGAAUUUUGGGAUCAUAUGCAACAUGAUAAAAACUUUGAUGAGAGCCUCAAUCCAUCCAAGAUAGUUGAAGAAAAAAAAGGGCAUUUCUCUGCUGGAAUUGACAUUCAGAAAGAAUGCUGGACUCCACCUAUGGAUCGUUAUCUUACAGACUUGUUGUUAGAGCAAGCACUACGAGGGAAUAAAAUUGGUCAUGCAUUUGUAUCUGAGGCUUGGAUUGAAAUGGCCACAAUUUUCAAUGCAAAAUUUGGAUCUGAAUAUGACAUUGAUGCUUUGAAGCGACGGUAUAAAUAUUUGAGGAGGCAAUAUAAUGGGAUAAAGAUUCUUAUACAACAGAAUGGGUUUUAUUGGGAUGACACUCGUGAAAUGGUAACAGCUGAUGAUUAUGUUUGGGAUUCUUAUCUCAAGGAACAUCCUGAAGCUCAAUCAUUUCUAAAGAAAUCUCUCCCAAGCUAUCACAAGCUGUGCGUCAUAUACGGCGAAGAAAGUUCUAAUGGAAGACGUAGACAAUUGGCUCACAAUAUAGAUCUCGAGAGUGAAGGCUUAAAUUUGAUGAAUGGUGAGGAGACCCAAUCCCAUGCAAAUUGUGAUUUCUUGAGAGAAUACUGGACAACUUCAAUGGAUCGAUAUCUUAUUGAUUUAAUGCUAGAGCAAGUGCGUAAAGGGAAUAGGUUUAGUUCCUCUUUCAACAACGAAGCAUGGAUUGAUAUCGCUGUGUCAUUCGUGGAAAGAUUUGGAUUGCUGCCUGACAAGGAACUUUUGAAGAGUCGUCAUAAACAUUUAGGGAAACUAUUCAAUGAUAUGAACAAUCUUCUUGAUCAAAGAGGGUUUUUUUGGGAUGAAAAACAUCAGAUGGUCUCAGCAUAUGAUGAUGUCUGGGAUGCUUUUAUCAAGGAACACCCAGAUGCGGAAUCAUAUAGGACCAAGUCCAAGCCAAACUAUAAUGAUUUGUGUUUGAUUUAUGGAAAUUCUUCUUGUUGUGGAAGUGGCAACCAAACUACUCCAAGUAUUUUCUGUAAUGGUGAUGCUGCCAAACUUAAGAAUGGAUAUUGCAAAAGGAUCGAUUGGACACUGCCAAUGGACAGGUACUUCAUCGAUCUGAUGCUAGAACAAGUUUCUCAAGGGAAUAUGAUGGAUCAAAAAUUCAACAAGCAAGCCUGGGAAAAUAUGGUUGCAAAAUUUAGUGCAGAAUUUGGAUCCCAGCAUGACGAAGAUGUCUUGAACAGUCAUUUUAUGAAUUUAAGGAAGAGAUUCCAUGAUAUAAAAAACUUGCUGGACCAGAAUGGAUUUGUCUGGGAUGAAAUGCGACAGAUGGUAACUGCUGAUGAUCAUCACUGGGAUGCGUACAUCAAGGAACAUCCUGAUGCACCAUGGUAUCGAAAUAGAACUCUCCCAAGUUAUAAUGAUUUGUUCCUGAUAUUUGGGAAUGCAUAUCCUAAUGGGAGGGAACAUCAUUUAUCUCAUUCUAAUGACCCUGACGACUUUGCUCUAGGAGGAAGUGGAGAGGAGGAUUACCAGUCUCCCGCUAAUAGUGGUCCCUUGGUUAUAGAAUGGACAAGCCAGAUGGAUAGUUAUUUCAUUGACAUUAUGUUAGAGCAGGUGCACAGAGGGAAUAAGAUUGGUCAUACGUUCAGCAGACAGGCCUGGGUUUGGAUGACUGCAUCAUUCAAUGAAAAAUUUGGGUUUAUAUGUGACAAAUAUAUUCUUGAAGAUCACUUUCUAAGAUUGAUGAAGGAAUAUAUGAAUAUCACGAAUAUUCUUUGUCAGAAUGGCUUUGCUUGGGAUGAAUCUCAGCAAAUGGUAGCAGCAGAUGAUGAUGUUUGGGAAGCUUAUAUCAAGGACUAUCCAGAAGCAAUCACUUACCGAGGUACAAAUUUAGGUACUUACAAAGAUCUAUGCAGGAUUUUUGGUGGUGAAGUUCGACUUCCAAGAUCAAGUAGUUUAGGUGUACAAAUGAUGGGCAGGAACUCCCCUAUGAAUAUGGGAGUUGAUGGUGUCUUCAUAGACUCCCAAAUUCCAGCUUCUGAGCUUGAAAUAUCCAAUCGGAAAAGGAGAAAAUCUACAAAUUCAUCAAUAUCAGCUCCCAGGAAAGUUCGGAGACCAAACAAGGAGAUGCCAGAAACACUUGCUAAGAAGUCAGAUAUGAUUAAAAAAUCAGUGACAUAUGAAGAUGAUGGAGGAGACUGCAGCUCAAUUAAGAGUGUUGUUGAUGCUCUUCAAGCUAUUCCAGGCAUGGAUGAUGAUCUUUUCUUGGAAGCCUGUAAACUUCUACAAUAUGACAGACAAGUCUCGAUGUUUGUCCAAAUGAAUAUCCGUCAACGAAGGAAAUGGUUAUUGAGAAAGCUUCGGCCAUAGCAGCAUCUCUCAGGUUUGUGUAUAUAGGAAAAACUGUUGCACUUCGAAAUCCAGUCUUGUGUAAAUUGGUAGAAAUGUCUGUUGAGCGUAUGUAUGGUAAAUAGAUGGAUAGAACAGGGAAAGAAUGGAGAUUUGAUAGGAACUUGCAUAUAUGUUGUGAAACUGUACAUAGCCUGGAAAGUGGGAACAGUCCAAUCUCUAUAUCCCUUAACGUGGCUUAUUCUACAAAAGAAAUAUUCUGUUUGGGGACAAAUGAGCUGAUUCACCUUGCAGAUUUCAUUAAUCGAAUCAGAUUUUUUGGGAA